AUGUCUGUAGAUAAUUUUAAAACAAGCAUAUAUGAGUACUUGGAAACUCUACCGACAAUUACAUUCAUGCGCUUAUUUGAAAAGCCAGCUACAUGUUUAGCAAUUUUUAGAUUACUACCAAGUGUUGGAAGACAUCUAGUCAUGUCACUACUAUAUGUACAAAUGCCUAUUUCUAUCAGUGAUAUUCAUUCUUGGGUCAAUAGAGAAGGAGAAAAAAAAUUAGUAGAGGCAUUACAGAAACUAGCCAGUCUUCGUAUUAUUGAGCAGAAAGAUCAAGUUUUAAUAAUGAAUGAUACCUUUAGACGUCAGUUUCAAAACGCACUCACUGGAGGAGGCACACAACAAUCAUUUGGAUUACCGUGUCCAACACCAGAUAAACAUCCUGUAGACAUCAACUUCUUAGAUCACUAUGCGACUACACAAUGGGAGGCUAUUCUUCAUUAUAUGGUCGGUACCUCCUUAACCAAGAAGCCUAGCCGAGGCGUGUUAAAUCUAUUAGAGCGCAGUAAAUUGAUGCAGGAAAGCUCGGAUAACGGCGGUCAACUGCAAAUCACAAACAAGGGCUUCCAGUUUCUGCUACAGGAUGUGAAUACACAAGUGUGGGCGUUUUUGCUACAGUAUUUGGAUAUGGCAGAGGUGCUUCAAAUGGAUCUAGUAGAAGUGCUCAACUUUUUUUUUCAACUUGGAUCAUUAGAACUAGGCGAAAAUUAUUCAGUUGAUACUUUAACACAAACACAACUACAAAUGCUGGAGGAUUUACGUGACUAUGGCAUUGUAUACCAAAGAAAGAAACACUCCAAAAGAUACUAUCCAACCAGACUAGCCACCACACUAACGUCUGGGAAAUCAGCUUUAGCUGCUGCCACUGUCAAAUACAAUCAUUUAGCACAAACAAACGUGGAUCAAACGGCUGAUGGUGGUGAUGAUCAAGGAUUUAUCAUUUUAGAAACAAAUUAUAAACUUUAUGCCUAUACAGAUUCACCACUUCAGAUUGCCGUUUUGAAUUUAUUUGUUCAGCUUCAUGCACGGUUUAAAAACAUGGUCACAGGCGUGAUCACUCGAGAUAGCAUUCGAAAUGCAUUAAUGAAAGGAAUUACGGCAGAACAAAUUAUUUAUUAUCUACAAUCGCACGCCCAUCCACAAAUGAGAAAAAAGACACCUGUGCUACCUUUGACAGUUGUAGAUCAGAUUAGAUUAUGGGAAAUGGAAAGAAAUAGAUUAAAACCAACAGCAUCUUAUUUAUAUCACGAAUUUAAUAUGCAAGCAGACUUUGAUGCAGCUGAAAAAUAUGCACGGGAUUUGGGUGUACUGCUCUGGUCCAAUAAUCAGAAACGAACAAUGGCUAUUUCUGAAGCUGGCCAUGAGAACGUGAAAGGCUUUGUCAAGAGAAGGCUUCAACGAGCAUAAGAAAAAAAAAAGUAGUUUUGCAUAAUGUAAAUAAAUGUCUAGUCUUUUUACGCGUCAAAGGGGCUUUUAAUUGAUCUAUACUAAUGUUAGUUUAAGUCCAUUUAGGGACACGCACACACGGUUGGGAAUAAUUUCAUAGUUGAUCAUUUGUGUAUUUCUGCGCUUGAUUAUUAAUCUUACG